AUCGUAUGCUUGGACAAUGAUUCCAAAAUGGGGGGCAUUAACAACAGCAAAUGCUUUGAUCGAGGUUCUUUUUCGAUUUAGUCCCUAUUAAUUAAUUAAUGCCAUCAAACCCCUCUCUCGAUUACAGGGAUAGAUUUUUAUCCCGCCACUUCAGUCGCUUGAGUUCCCGAAGGUCCGUCUUACUGCGCUAUCCCAUCAUCACUUUUUCCACCUUUUGUCCUGUCUCUUCGAUCGAUUUGCUUUCUCUUUUCUCCUUUUCUGAUCAGCUUUUUAGGGUUUCUUUAAUACGCGCUCUCCUCUCCGGAUUUUUCAUUCAGGACGUCAUCGUCUUUGUAGCUCUAAGGCGACGGCGCGUUAAGGAUCUGUAACCUGCAACAGAAUGUCCGGCAAUGGUGCAUGGGGCGAAGCUGGCGCAUCCAAGGACUACUCUUACUCAAGGAGAGCUUGCUACAUUCCCCCGUUCCGUUUAGCUGGUAAUACUUCACCGGUUGUUACUUCUGAACCGGGUAAAGGUUCUUUUGGAGCAGGGGAUAUAAGCCGUCGCGGUCCAUGGCACGGACGUGAUAGAUCUCGGGCAUCUCGAGAGCAAAAUCCAUUCGGAAUCGCCGCUGAUGAGAUGCGAAAUCUUCGGAUAUCUGAUUCUAUCGAUGUCACGGGAAACGGAAUAGACUUCAGUGCUUAUGAGGACAUUCCGGUUGAGACGAGUGGGUCUGAUGUGCCGCCACCGGUGAGCACAUUCGCUGAGAUUGACCUCGGGGUGGCUCUCUAUCGAAAUAUCCAGCGGUGCCGGUAUGUGAAGCCUACUCCCGUGCAGCGUUAUGCUAUUCCCAUCUCUCUUGCUGGAAGAGAUCUUAUGGCCUGUGCUCAGACGGGCUCUGGGAAGACGGCUGCAUUCUGCUUUCCGAUCAUAAGCGGAAUAACGAGAAAUUCGGUCCCCCUUAAGAAUGGAUGCAGCCAAUGGGGUCGGGUGGCCUCACCUCGGGCACUUAUUCUUUCUCCCACCAGAGAGCUGUCAUGCCAGAUUAAUGAAGAGGCUAGAAAGUUUGCUUAUCAAACGGGUGUGAGAGUUUGCGUAGUGUACGGGGGAACUGCGGUUCACCUACAGCUUCGAAAUUUAGAGAAAGGAGUUGAUAUCUUGGUUGCCACACCGGGUCGCUUGAUGGAUUUAAUUGAAAGAGCUAGAAUCUCACUUCAAAAUAUCAAUUAUUUGGUACUAGAUGAGGCAGAUCGAAUGUUGGAUAUGGGAUUUGAACCUCAGAUAAGAAAGAUAGUUGAGCAAACGAACAUGCCUCCUCCUGGUGCUAGGCAAACAAUGCUUUUCAGUGCAACAUUUCCCUAUGGGAUACAGCGUUUAGCAUCGGAUUUCCUAUCAAAUUACAUUUUCUUGACUGUUGGGAGGGUUGGAUCAAGCACAGAGUUAAUUAAGCAGAGGGUUGAAUUUGUGUCGGAUGUGGAUAAGAGGAGUCACCUGAAGGCUCUUCUUCACUCUGAAAAUGUUAACGGUUCUAAUGCAAAGCCACCUUUGACUUUAAUUUUUGUCGAAACCAAAAGAGCAGCUGAUUCCUUACAAAAUUGGCUAUGUAUGAAAGGAUUUCCAGCCAGUGCAAUACAUGGUGACCGAAAUCAACUGGAGCGUGAGCAAGCAUUAAGAUCAUUCAAAAGUGGUGCAACUCCAGUAAUGGUUGCGACUGAUGUUGCUGCACGUGGUCUCGACAUCCCUCAUGUUACCCAUGUCAUCAACUUUGAUUUACCCAAAGACAUUGAUAGUUAUGUUCAUCGCAUAGGCCGAAAGAGUGGACUGGCCACUGCUUUCUUCUGUCACUCAAACCAGCCGUUGGCUAAAUCUUUAGUAGAGUUGAUGCAGGAAUCCUGUCAGGAUGUUCCUGAUUGGCUCUCUGAAUAUGCUGAGAUGAGAGCCUCCAAUGUUGGAGAAAAGAAUCGCCGCAACAGUGGAAGCAGAUUUGGAGCAGUAGAUUUCCGAAAGAAUGAUGUGCUGCCAAGGACUGGAUAUUAUUAUGACUCUGAGUCUCAUGGUGAUGGUAGUUUUGAUCCUUCUUAUGGAGUUUUUGGUACUCUCAGCAAUGGUGCUGUAAGGAAUGGCUACUCUUCAGUUGGUGAUGAUAGUUGCAGCGGUGAUGCUGAUAGUUCUAUUGGAGUAAGAGGUGCGCCCAUUGCAUAUAAUACAGCUAGCUAUAAUGUUGGGUAUGAUCAAAUUGUUGCUACUGGAUGGGAUUAGGUUCAAUUUUUUGUUACACACAGAAAUGUUUUGCUGUCGAAAGGGAGAUCGGUAUGCCUCAUCAUUGUCAACAUAUAAUUAGUUUUUUUUUUUUUUGUUUGGCUGUAAAUGCCUAAAUUUUAAUAUCUAAUAUUAUUAGAAAGAGGUGUUAAGUAUUGAGGGCUUGAAAUGUAGAUGAACAUUAUUGGCCUUUUUUUACAGCUUUUUGCCUUAUCAAUUCCUUUAUAUAAAGUGGUCGGAGGCUAUUAUACUAUCCCCGACCAUCCCUAAUGCGCCUACAAAUUCGAGUACCACACUCUGCACUCGAUGGAGUUGUAACUGACAAGUAGAUGUCAUACCAACUGAUCUGAGUAUGUAGUGCGCGCACACACACACACACGUCGUAAACUUAGCUCAGUUGGUAGAGCAUUAGUUCGUCCGUUACAAGUCCCAUCUAAUCUAGGGCUCGAUUCCCACGCGUUUAGAGUGAGGUACUCGAAUAGUUAGACGUAUUAGGGAUGACUGAGGCUCGUAUAAUAAGACCAUUCCUUUUAUAAAUGUAUAUUGUU